CAUUGAGGUUAUGUUUGUGUAUUUGAUAUAACCUCCUUGUUGUCACAUCAACAAUUAAUAAACAUUUAGUUUAAAUUAAUAAUAAUGAUGGAUUCGCCCCCAAUAAAACCACCGAGAGGUGUAAAACCAACCAAAGAAACUAGUGGUCUGUUAAUGUCGGUUAUAAGAACUUUAUCAGCUACUGAAACUAAUGAACAACGAGACCGAGAAAAAGCAAAAUUGGACGCCGAUUAUAAACAAUGUGAUAAACGUGUUGAUGAUUUAGUGCAAAAACAUGAAGAGGAUUUAUCUGAGGUGAUGAGUACUUUUAGUAACUUAUCGCAUGAGAUGAGUGAAUCACGAGGGAAAAUACGAAGGAUUAAGGAAGCUUUGAGAGAGUGCAAAAAUAAUUUGUAUGCGAAAAGAAAUGAAUUGGAGAAAUUGUGGAUGAAAGGAUUAGAAUAUAAAUAUUUAUUGCAAUAUUUAGAUGAAAUAGAGAAAUUAAGAGAAGUUCCAGUUAAAGUGCAAACACAUUUAAAUAAGAAAGAAUAUUUACACGCAACAAAUUUAUUAAUCGAAGCGAUCUCAUCUGAUAAAGAAGGUUUAGAAGAUAUUGCCGAGAUUAAAGAGCUUUGUAUGGAAAUUGAGCAGAAAAAAGAGGAACUUCACGAAACUUUAUUAAACGAAUUAAAACAACAGAUUUAUUUUAAAACAUCUCAACAUGUUUUUACAUUGAGUAGACAAAAUUCAGGAAGGGAAGGAUUUUAUUCUACUCCUUUUAGGAGAAGCAAUAAAUUUAGGGCUUCUUCUAAAAGAAAUAUAACCAGAAGGUUAUUUGGUGAGAUGAAUAAAGAUGAAAAAUGUCCAAAUAUUGAGAAUAUCGAAGAAGAUAUUUAUGCUUUAAAUCAAGAGAAUAACCCAACGCAUUUUAUGGGGAUUUUAAUUAAAUGUUUAGCAUUGUUGCAAAAAAUUCCAUUUACUGUAAACAUAAUAAAAUCCGAAAUGAAAUCAGAAUUGCAACACAUAAUUCAACGAACAACCCUUUUUAUUAACGAUUUCUUACAAAACAACGAUACCAAGCAACAGAACACCCUUUUGGAAUUUAUGCACACUUUAUUUGAACAAUUUAAACAAGUCGGGCAAGCUCAUAAUUUGCUGUUAACUUAUUUAAAACAAGCGGUGAGAUUUUAUAAAAUUGAAGUGUGCCUAUACGAUAUUAAAGCGUAUUGGAAUCAGGUUCAAUUUGUUAUUCAAACUUUACUCCAAGAUUAUUUAGAUAUGCAAAAUAUGUCGAGCGAGUCGCAAAGUACUCAAACAUUUACAGAUGAUGAUGAUUUAUCUGUUUACUUUUCAAGAAGGAAACAACCAAUUAAAAAGGAAACUUUAUUUAAAUACUCCGAUUCGUCGAGUGCAUUAAUAAUGAGUAGCACGCUAAAAGAUGAGGAAUCAAAAUUAAAUAAAGUAUUAGUUUGUAAAGCAAACAUGGAUAAUUUGUUGUUUAUGUACGUCCCAUUGAUGUAUUUUAUUGAGGAGAUUGAAGAAGCGAUGGAGUUGUCGCAUGGUUCUGCAUGUACUUUAAAUCAAUUCCUUUCCGGGUACACGAAAAAUACAUUUUUAAAGCGCAAAAACACCGAAAUGCGUAACGAUAUCGAAAUGGCGAUUCAAUCUAAAGACGCUUGGAAAGAAACCGUUCUUUUAGAUGUUUCCACCGAUUACAAGCCUCUAUUAGUCAGUACAGUUACAAUCGAAAAAACAUUAAAAUGUUGGUUAUCAAUCCUUGAUUCUUUACCAAUGUAUGGAGAAUUAGUAGUAAAAUACACCACGGAAGCUUUAAGGGAAUACAAAGACACUUGUCAAGCUGCUUAUAGCGGAAUUGUGCAACCACACAGUGAAGAUAAAAGGAUUUGUAGCGCGGCGUGGUUAAAAGAUGAUGAUAUCAGCCGAUUUUUGAAAUGUUUACCAAAUUGGGUGAAUUUAAAAGCCCAACAAGAAACUCACGCACGCCACGAACGCCGACGUUUAAUGCGACGCGAAACGACAAUCGAAGAAGAAAGUCCCGAAGACAUCAAACAACGAAAUCGAAAAGAAGCCGAAAUUCUCGCCGGAAAUCUCGGUGAAGGCGGCGUGGAUUCUCGCGAAAUCUUAUCCGAUAUGUCGCUUUUAAAACAACUCGCUCAACUUCAAGAAAGUAUGGAAUGGUUUUCGGUGAAAUUGUUCCAAUUUGCGAGCCAAUUUCGACACGAACCCAACACUUCUUCGCCGUCUGGGGCAAACGGAGGUUUUCAAAAAGAGAUUAUAAGCUCCGUUUCGUUGCAACAAUUAACUCAAAUCGCUCAAGAUUUCGAUGAAUUGGCUAAUACGUGUUUGUUACUUUUACAUUUGGAAGUUAGGGUGCAAUGUUUUCAUUAUUUAUUGGCGGUUAAUGAUUUUAAUAAGGAAACUCACGAACCUGACCCUAAAGUUUUAGAAUUAAGUAAGGUUCUUUCAAAUGUUGAUGAAGCGAUGACGUCGAGUUUACAUCCCAGAAAGUGCAAGUAUAUUUUUGAAGGUUUGGGUCAUUUAAUUGCAAAAAUUUUAAUUAGUUCAACACAAAAUAUGCAAGUUAUUGAUGAUUUGGGUAUUGAGAGAAUGUGUAGGAACGUUUUUGCUUUACAACAAAUGUUAACUAAUAUAACAAUGACGAGGGAAGUUGCUUUGGAUCAUGCAAGACAUUAUUUUGAGUUGUUUUUCUUAACGCCUGAGGAAAUUUUGAAUGGAAUCGUUGAAAAAGGACCGGAAUUUUCCGAGUUAGAAUACAUGAAUGCUUUUCAGUUAUUAAAUAGGAGUCGAAAUGGAUCGGUUGGACCUAUCAAUGUCCAUUUGGAGAGGUUAUCUGAUAUUUUACAUGAGGUUGGUACUAAAAUGAUUAAUUAAAAAAUCUUUAUUGUUAUUUCAUUAUUUACAUAAUUUAAUGAUUU